CGUGGUGAUGCUAUACUACAUACAGUCACCGCGUGUGGCCGGGGUGCGUGAUCUUCGGUAUGAUCUAUAUGACUAACUUGGCAAACUAGAACACAUUACGGAAGUUGAUUAUCUACAAAAAGGCGUGGUUUAAUCUACUCUCGCUCUAGAGCAAGGGGCUAGGCUAGAAUUGUCGGGGUUUUGCCUGUGGAGGUAUUAGAAACCCGAGAUGCUAAAGCCGUCCCGCAAAACCCGUACAGUUGGCGUAGCAUGCACGCGCCAACACUUACCAACAUGAAUCUAUUCAAUGUCCUGAAGACGGGUACAUUUAGCAUAAAAGGCCCCUUCGCCUCAACGACUCAACGAGAUUUGAAUUACAUCGAACUCCCGAACCUUCACAGUUGACCUGCAAGCUCUUGAAAGACUUAUCGGCAUCCCCUCAAAGAAUAAAAGAAAGAACAGACGAAACAGCAAACAUGCCUACUCUAGUUGGAAAAGAAGUCGGACCUACGGGGUAUGGGCUGAUGGGCCUGACCUGGAGGGCGGAUCCUAUCUCAGACGAGAAGGCUUUCGAAGCGUUGAAGGCCGCGCUGAACAACGGGAUGAACUUCUGGAACGGCGGCGAGUUCUACGGACCGCCCGAGCGGAAUUCUCUCGUACUACUGGAGCGCUACUUCGCGAAGUACCCCGAGGACGCCGAGAAGGUCGUGCUCAGUAUCAAAGGCGGCAUGGAUCCCAACGGACUUGGACCUGAUGGUUCGCCGGAGGGCACUCGUCGGUCUAUCGACAACUGCAUUGCUCAACUGAAGGGCCGCAAGAAGAUCGACAUCUUCGAGUUUGCGCGCCGCGACCCCAAGGUGCCUUUAAGUGUGACCUUUGGGGUUAUCGAGAAGGAGUACAUCCAAACGGGCAAGGUCGGAGGCAUCUCGCUCUCUGAGGUCAGGGCCGAGACGAUCCACGAGGCCGUGAAAGUAACGAAAAUCGUGGGGGUCGAGGUCGAACUCUCGCUAUUCAGCAGGGAGAUCCUCGACAACGGUGUAGCCGACGCGUGCGCACAGUACGACAUCCCGAUCAUCGCUUACUCGCCCGUCGGCCGAGGUUUCUUGACCGGCCAGAUCAAGUCGCUGGAGGACGUGAAGCCGGAGCUGCGGUCGUGGCCGUGGUUCCAACCGGGCAAUUUCGAGGUCAACCUGCAGCUGGCGUCGCAGGUCGAGGAGCUGGCCAAGAAGAAGGGCGUAACUCCAGCCCAGCUAGCUAUCAGCUGGACCAUACGCCUGUCGUCCUGGCGCAAGGGCGCUCCUAAGACCAUCAUCCCGAUCCCCGGUGCUACGACGGUGGCCCGCAUCGACGAGAACGCUGUGCAAGUCGAUAUCUCGGACGAGGAGAUGGCUCAGAUCGAUGCUACGCUGUCCAAAGUCAAGCCUAGCGGUGGUCGGUACCCGGACGUUGUCCCUGUUAACACGUAAAUUCAGAAGGGCUGGGCGGAACAGGAUUUGGAACAUUGAUGGAUGGUGUUGGUGCUCAUGCCAGAUGAUAUCAGAUACUGUUAUUUGCAGCGUUAAACGCUAAAUUACAAACACCGCUUCGUCACAUAUUAUAUUGGCUAUCGAAUGUUUGUACAUGUCUACUACUAUAUAUAUAGACCAUAACACCAGGUAUACUGCUGUCGAUUUAACAAAGGCCAUACUGGCUGUGUUCUAGUAGUGUAUUCAACUUGUACAUUUACCCUUGCGUAUCGAUGUUCGAGUAGAUUGACUUUAGAUGCGAGGGUUCGAUUCCCUCGGUGGCUAUGUAUAUAUAUUGUUUCUCGUUCCUUCUCCUACUAUUUUAUUCACGCCCAUUGCCAUUGCACGUCCUUGGAGAGCACCCCAAUGGUUUGUUUUAUUGAAAUAGAGAUCUAC